GUUUCCUGGGGUUAAUCUGUACAAUGCUGUAACACAUUUAUUCCACUGCUGUUUAAACUGGACAUGACUGAUUCUAAAUUUGGGAUCCAGUGUUUGUUUUUAAAUCCAUAUUUGUCCGAGAUCUGGGAUCAUUCAUGUGUUUUGAUCACAUUACUUCAAUAACUGUUCAACAACUGAUCAUUUUUCAUUUCUCGCUCCAUCUACCUACUUAUUACACAUUCAAUCUGCAUUUAAAUUCUCUCAGUUCCCAAAGACAACCAGACGUGUAAGGGAACAUUUGGCAUGAAAUGAUGCUGUUGCACAAGUUUUAGAAUGUGGCUUUUCAAAUGCAGAACAGAUAAGACACUGUAUGAGCAUGAAUUCAACGUUGCUGUGCUCACCAAUGGUUAAACGUCUCAUCUAAUUUGGAGCAGCAGGAACAUGUGCUGCUAAUUUCACUCUGAAUGCAGGAUUAUGUGCCUUCAGUUACUGGUUGGGUGCAGCAGUCCUCUCAGAAAUGUCUCUUCCAUAUCUUUUUGCAUCGUUUAGCGCUGGCUGCAUACUUUUGCAGCUCGCAGCAGAUAUGAUACACUACAGAUAUACUACAACACUACACCAAGUUAUUGGUGUAGCAGCAGAACUGCAUGUACACAGGAAUAAGACUACACUGAUGGUAGUCAGAAAAAGGGUAUAAAAUUACUUGGGUUUGGGAUGGGUCAGUGAGGAUCACACCGAGAGUCCCAGGAUCUCAUGACUUAUUAAGUAAAGGAGGCUGACAGUGAAGGUGUAGCUCUUUCAGCUCUGCCCUGAAACCUCUUCUCUCUGUGGUCACAGCCUGUCCCCCAAAACUGAAAAAUGGCAAAUGCGCAAGUUCCUGUUGCUACGGUCGGUCCACUGGAAGACAGCCCAGUUCAGAUCGCCUGCCCUAACUGCCAUCAGAUAGUCCUCUCCAAGGUGGACUACGCUGCUGGAUUGCUCACUUACCUUUUCUGCGGAGGGCUCUUCUUCUGUGGCUUUGUUUUAGGCUGCUGCCUCAUCCCAUUCUGUGUGGACCGUCUGAAGGAUGCCAAGCACACCUGUCCUGUCUGCAAGACUGUACUUGGGGUGUAUAAACGCUUAUAACUCAAAGACCUGCAUCAAUUUAUACAUGGCAUUUUGCAAAUAAAAGACA